GAUGCUAUAUGGUUAGCUCAGGUUGGUGGCUUCGUCUUCCUCGAUGAGUUCUGCAUCUUCAAUUUCUCACUAAACCCAACAUUCGUUUCCUCUUCGGAUUCAAUUUCUCAAGAAAAGUCCCUUCCUUUUUUCUCUGCUCUGUUUCAAAACCAAUCCAAAAAAAAAUCGAAAAAGAUUAGAUUUUUUUUUCUCUCCCCAUCGAUCGAGAUUGGUUGUUGACUAUGCAUAGAUCCGGGACAACAAUGGCGUGGAACGUCUUCAAAUUCUGCACAGCUCUACGCGGACUCGGAUCGAUCAUGAUCCUCAUGGUCUUAGGCAUCGUUGGCGUGUCCUAUUACGCCGUCGUUUGGACCAGUUACGGCCCCGCGUUAUCCGUUGGAGGGCUCGAAUCUCUCGCAGCUCUCGUUGUUAUACUCCUUUUUCAUUUCCUGUUGGGGAUGCUUUUGUGGAGUUACUUCUCUGUUGUGUUUACUGAUCCUGGUGUUGUGCCUCCUAAUUGGAGGCCAGCUUCGGACGAAGAGGAGCAGGAGGGAGAGUGUGAUCCGUUGAAUGGUUUGGAGUUUGGCGGGUUGCAGCCUGAGGCUUCGAACCAGCGAACUCGGUUCUGUAGGAAAUGUAAUCAGCAUAAGCCUCCUCGCUGCCAUCAUUGCUCUGUUUGUGGUAGGUGUGUGUUGAAGAUGGACCACCAUUGUGUUUGGGUUGUUAACUGCGUUGGAGCGCUUAACUACAAGUACUUUCUUCUCUUCUUGUUCUACACCUUUUUGGAAACAACGCUUGUGACUUUACUUCUCAUGCCACACUUCAUAGCCUUCUUUAGCGAGGAAGAGAUACCUGGAACCCCAAGCACCCUUGCUACUACUUUUCUGGCAUUUGUUUUGAACCUGGCAUUUGCUUUAAGCGUUAUGGGUUUCUUAAUCAUGCACAUCUCGCUUGUAGCUGCCAAUACUACAACUAUAGAGGCUUAUGAGAAGAAAACAAGUCCGAAAUGGCCAUAUGACCUCGGUAGAAAGAAGAACUUUGAACAAGUGUUUGGUAUGGAUAAGAAGUAUUGGUUGAUUCCUGCAUACUCUGAAGAAGAUUUAAGACGAAUGCCAGAGCUUCAGGGACUCGAGUACCCGUCAAAACCUGACUUUGAUUCUCAAGAUUUCUGAGGAAAAGACUGUAACAAUACCUUAGGGAUGACUUUGGAAAAGAAGAUGUAUGUAAAGAGUUGCUUCUACCGUUUAUUCGCACGCCAUUGAAGAACUCUGAGACUUAAAGGCCAAAGUCACACGAACAGAUGAUGCUCUUCUUCUUUUAUGAGUUAGAUAGCAUAUGAUCUCUAGUUAUAAGUGUAGAGCCAAGUCUCACUUUUCAUAACAAUCUUUACUGAUUUUUCUUAAUAGUCAAAAUCCCUUUUGUUGAGGCUGCCAA